GGAAGCACAUCUAGCCUUGUAAAUCAUAAAUGUUACAUUAUGAACUCCAGUAAAUUACGCAACGCUGCCCAAUUUGAUGUCAAUCCCGAAACGAAACAGGAGGGUGUUGCUGUAAUAACCGAAUGGGUUGUUAAGAACUGUUGUUCAUUCAAAAUUAUUGACAAUUCCGAACUCAAAAAGUUUGCAUCCUUUCUGAUUAAAGUUGGAGCAACCUAUGGUGCUAAUGUAGACUUUGCCAAGCUAUUACCCCAUCCAACAACAAUAUCACGAUAUAUUUCAAUGCGAGAAAGCUCCUGCACAGGUUUUCAUAUCCGUGAACAAAUUCGAGAGAUAUUGAAAGACUUUGGAUGCGAUCUUGAACUGGACAAUCCCAUAAUUGUAACAGAUCGGGGUUCGAACAUGAUCAAAGCCUUUGGACAAGAUGGAAAAAAUGCAUUGCAUCAACCACCUGCUUAACAACUCAGUUGAAAAGGCCAUCAAUGCUGUUUCUGAGAUGGGGGAACUCGUUACUGUUUACAAGCUUGUAAAAUAUUUUAAGAAGUCUGGAUCAAACUCUUUCUUAGGGCUGUUUUUGCCCAACCCGCUGGAAUACAGUUUUUUAUUUGUUUAAAUCCAUCGAAAUUAAUUGGAUUGACAUUCAAAAUAUUUUAAUGGAGAAAAAUCAGAUAAUUAGGAUGGAAGGUAUAAAUUUAAAUCAGUUAAGUCAUGUUGUCCGACUGUUAGAAGUCUUCGAAAACGUUUAAAAAAAAACUUGUAGCAAGCAAACGUCCAACCAUACACUUUAUAGUUCCGAACAUAAACAAAUUAAAGAAAACUUGUCUGUCCGAUA